UUUCUCAGCGGAGGAGUUACAUGGAAUAUUGGCACAAGCUGUACCACCCUCUCAGGCCCUAAGGGAGAUAUGGAGAUUUGAAAGAAGGAAGAAGUGGGAGUUUCCUUUUGGUUUUUGUCAAUGUACUAUUUUUAUCUGGGGGGAUUAAGUUAGUUUCCCUAUCACAUAUGGAUUUUCUUUUUACCUUGUUUUGGUCUUUAACCCGUCCAGUUGGUGGCGUCAAUACACCUUUUGGGGUUGUAGUCUGCCAUAAAACCCACAGAAGAAGAAGGGUUUGUUUUGUUGUAAUGUUAGCCAACCGAAUGAAUUGAUCUUCAGCAGCAAGUGGAACACCCUUGUCAACAUGUCCAAGCUUUGAAAGUUACUGUUCCCAGUGUGAGAGAGCAUCCCCAACCACUAACACCCCCAUGUGUAUCAUCUUCUUUAAGUUUGACCCUCGGCCUGCAUCCAAAAAUGCCUACAGGCUAAUUUUGGCUGCAAACAGAGAUGAGUUCUACAACAGGCCAACCAAAGCUGCAGACUUUUGGGCGAGCAACAGCGAAAUCCUCAGCGGGCUAGACCUGGAGGAGGGGAAGGAAGGAGGGUCAUGGCUGGGGAUCAACAAGAGGGGCAAGCUGGCCGCACUGACCAAUUACCUGGAGGGAAGGCCCAAUCCAGACGCACAAGGAAGAGGGUUCCUGGUGUCUAACUUCCUGACGGAUCAGAUCCAGGACAGCUACUCCUACCUGACGAGGGUGUCAUCUGAGGGACAUCUCUACAACGGCUUCAACCUCCUCACAGCUGAGUUCAAGGCCAAAGAAGACACUGUGUGUUAUUAUGGAAACAGAGGCAACACCGAACCCAUCCGUCUAAAUCCAGCAGGAAUCUAUGGUUUGAGUAACUCCCUGUUGGAGACUCCGUGGAGGAAGCUGGAGCAUGGGAAGAGACUGUUCACCGGUGUAGUGAACCAGCCCUUGCCCUGUGACAGUCUGGUCCAGGACCUGCUCAACAUCCUCAACAACGAGGAACUGAACACUCCUGACCCGGCCCAGGAGAGCCAGGGUGAAGGGUACAGCAGCCCCAUGCUCCGGGUCCUGUCCUCCGUGUGUGUUCGAUCCCCACAUUACGGCACAAGGACCAACACCAUUAUCCUCAUAGACGCAUCAGGGAACGUGACCUUCACAGAGCGCACCAUGCUCAACUGUGACAUCAGCCAAUGGAGCACAAGCUCUUUCCAGUUCAAACUCAAGGACUGAAGAUGGCUACAUGUGGCUAUAUGGGAAUCACACUCUGUGCCUUUCUGCAUCCCUCCUCCUCCCUAUCCAUCCUUCUCCCACAGUAAGCUCUGGCUUCACUGUAGUGGAAUGAACUUGAAUAUUUAUUUUUAUUUUUCCAUUUAAAAUGGUGGUGGGAGAGGAGAGACAGUGAAAUUAUGAGAUUGAUUGUAAUUGUCUUUGGGAAAUAUAUUUUAGCUUGGCUUAGACAUAUAUGUGUGUGAAUUUAUCAAAUCAUACAUUAUGGGUGUUAUUUUAUCUUAAAUUAUAUCAAAGAACUUGCUAUUCUCAUUAAAAUAUUAUUUUGAA